GUUGGUAGCUAACGUCUAUAGUAUAAAGUAUUGUUUUUUAUUUUCAUGUAAUUUUUAAUUAUAUAUCAUAUAUUUAAUAUUAAAACUCCUACUUAAUGUGUGAUUACGUGUAAAUUGUAUUACUCAGAAAAUUAGUAGCUUUCUUUGUUUUUAAAUACAUAUAACCAUAAAAGUGUUGAAAAGUAGACGUAACGUUUUGGCGGUUACAAGUUAGCGAACGCUAACAAUUACGAAAAUAGAACUUUCUUGUGCAAUAUUUGUAAUAGUAUUGGCGCGUAAAUAGAAAACUGCUCUAAGAAAUUAUCUCAAGGCUUAUUAUAAUGGUGUAGUUAAAAUUGGAGAGUAUCAGUGAACGGGUAAUAUAUCCUCGAAGUUUAAAUAUACGAUGGAAAACACAAACGUUCCUGGAUUGAGGUCAAGGUCCCGGUCCAAAACACCGUUUUUACGAUCUAACUGUGACCAUGAGAACUGCCUGGAGGACGAGGAACCGUCCCAGCAAAAAUCUGGGCGAAAGACACCCAUUAAAAGGAGCACCCCAACCAAGCAACCGCAGCAAAAAUCAAAAAGACGAAGCAUAGACAGAUUAAUUGAGGAGGCAGAUGUAACUACACAUGAUACAAGAAAUUUUAAUAAAAUGACAAAUCGUGUGAAGACAUCUGACUAUUCGUCAGAGGAAAGCCCUGAUCGGCUAAAAGAACAUUCUAAAGAGAUUUAUCAAAACGAGAUCAAUAGUCAGUAUGAGAGCGUGUCGACGAGCACGCAUCGCUAUGGCUCGCUCGCUGACGUCACGUUCAGUCCGAUACACACCUCACACCAUGUGACAAGCGACAGGUCAAAACGCUUCGGCAGUCCCACCUUCAGCGCGUGCUCCACAGACAGUUCUUUCGCAGAGCAAGCAUUGGCAGACGCCAGCGCACUACUGGAAAAGGAGCCCAGUUACGAGCAACUGCCCUACAGACUGUACAAAAUGGCCGGCGAGUACUGGAACAAGUACCCCAAGACUGACUAUACGUACUCGCCGUUGUCGCGGGACCGCGUGGAGCUGGCUCCGGGGCAGGUGGCCGUGCCAAACAUGUCUCGGAGAUCGCUGUCGCAGCUGCGCCUGUUCGGACCCAGCAGUGUCGACGAGACUGACAAAUUCACAACCACCUCCUGGUCUACUACCACCACUAGGAAGCGGUAUACUCAGGCUAUUGAGAGCUCUGACGACGAGGCGACGUAUGCGCACAGCAACUUCAAGCAAGCGGAGCAGGGCUGGUGGAUAGUCCGAGUGCUGACGACCAUUGCGACCUCCAUAUCGGAGAGGAGCCGGGCCGUGUACCGGAAGGUCGUGGGGCCCUCGCAUCGGUACCCGUACACUGACAGGCGCCCGGCGCAAGCUGGUAUAAUGGCACGUUCGGCGAGCGCUAUGGGCGCACCGUUCCUCUGGAUGUAUACCUUCCUCCAAACGAUAAUUACCACCACAGUCACCACUAUUACUGAGACGAUAUCAUCAAGUGAAACUAUCGAUAAUGACAAGUACAAGUCGCGCAGUUCCAAAGAUGCGGCGGUAAAAAGAAAAUGGUGGCCCCUGGUUUUGUUGUUACUGCUUCCAGCUGUCGGAUACGGAUGCUACAAAUACUCUGUGCCGAAUGAAGCUGAGUAUAAACCGCCAGUAUUCAAUCAUAACGUGGAUUUGAACGAACGCGUCGCAGCACUGGAGCGCUGGGCGAUAAACGUCGACAAUCGAAUGAAAUCAUUCGAUGGUAAACUAUCGAUAGUCGAUGAACUCGAUGCCAGAAUCGAGCAGUACUCGUUGAAGUAUCUCCAACGGAAUUUGAUUCAGAUUUUAAAUGUUAACGAUAAUAGUGAAGCUAUUGCGAGCAAGUUGAAGGUUCAUUUCGAUCAAAAUUACGUGGGCAAAGACGAGAUGCAAGUGUUGAGUCGGGACAUACACGAGAAGCUGAUUAACUCUUGGAAACCGGAUAUGAAGGAGGAAGAUGUAAAGAGGAUAGUUCAAGAGUUCUUGUCGACUGUAGAGAAGAGGCAAAUAGAGGUGGUAGUCGAGAAAGUGAAGGAGUAUGUGAGUAAACUGCAGUCGUCUCCGGGAGAGGAGGUGCGUCACUUGGAUACGGAGGAGAUAAGGAGGAUCGUGUCGGGUAUGCUGGAGGUGUAUGAUGCUGAUAAGACUGGGCUGGUAGACUACGCGUUGGAAUCUGCAGGUGGUCAAGUGAUAUCGACGCGGUGCACGGAGCUGUAUCAAAUAAAGACCAAGCAGUACUCCAUUCUGGGCGUGCCUGUGCUCUGGGUGUUCACUUCGCCCCGGUACGCGCUCACCCCGGGUGCUAUGCCGGCCGAGUGCUGGGCCUUCCAGGGCUUCCCAGGAUACCUGGUGAUCCGAACAUACGCUAUUAUCGAGGUGACCGGAUUCUCGCUGGAGCACAUGUCGAGGCUGCUUGCUGCGGAGGGCAAGAUAGAGUCGGCACCUAGAAACUUUUCCGUAUAUGGACUCCACAACGAGCAAGACCCAGACCCACAUUUAUUCGGCAAGUACAUUUACGAUGCCAACGGUACAUCCAUACAAUAUUUCCCCGUCCAGUUCCCUAAAACUACCAACAUGGGGGGCGUGGAGUAUCCUGUCGCAUACAACAUUGUGGAACUGAGAGUCGAGAGUAACCAUGGCAACCCGACUUACACCUGUGUCUACAGAUUUAGAGUUCACGGUAAUCCUCUUAACGAUAUCCGAAGAGCUACCGAAGACAGUAUCCGUGAUAGUGAAGUGUAAUAAGGCCCUAGUAGAUUAAAAUCUAAAGUACAAAGCGUAACUGCCCAAUCACAGCCUCAGAUAGGCGUGCGUCAUUUAAUGCUGUCUUUUCAUUGGCCAGGAUUAUUGAAGACAUUUUCAAAAUGGCCGAUUUAAAGUGAACAAUUUUAGCUGUUUUUUUGUGGCGAUUAUUUUAUAUUUUAUCGUAGUUUUAACAGAUUUACUAGUGUUGUUAAUCUCACAGUAAGCGCACAAUAGAUACACUUACUACAUACAUGCUGUUUUACCAUUUUAUUUAUAGUGUUUUAUUAUUUUUUUAAUUUUAGUAUGAGUUUGUUUAGUUUUAAUUAACUGCGCUGGACGUGUUUUACUCGAACCAACGAUGCUAUUUUGUCCCCGAAUGAUCAUGUAAUAUUAAAGUGUCGUAUGUUUUAACAAUAGGUAUAAGAUAAUUUUGUAGAUUUUUGCUUUUUAAAAGUCCUAUAUUUUAUUGAAUACAAUAAACAACUGAAGUGAGAAGUGUAAAUUGAUAUCGAAUUUAAUUUAACGUGCAAUUCGAAAUGCGAAAUCGUCUUUGGUAUUAAAUUAAAUCUAAACGAAAAUUACCAUAGUAAAAUUCAUGUUGUUAUCAAUGUGUGCACGAAAAUUAGUUUGAUAUAGACAUAAACACCAAAUCAAUUUAAAAUAAUCUUAACUGAGUUUGAAUGGAUACUAUUUAAUUCGUUUACUUAUAUUUUUUCAAAGCAUAAUUUAUAUCUCAAGCAUCAAUUUUAAUUUAUUUGAUAAUCGAUUUUCGAAAUAUAUCAACGUUUUACGAUCCUUUUAUAAGAUAUUUUCAUUAAAUUAUGGUUUGAUUGUAUAGAAUAAGUUUUAAAAUGAUGAAUUUCGAUUAAUUUGCUUAGAAUUUUAACUUACUUUACAUAUUGAGCCCGGUAGCGUUAACUUAUUAUAAGUAAAGGAGCUAGUCCCUUUAGCAUAGGUCUAUGUUUUACGAUUCUAUUUUUAACACAGUUUUUAUAUGAAACUAUUGUCUGUUUUAAAAUUGCUUUGAAGCUGCAGUCGUUCUUAACAAAUACCUCAGCUGCAUCUAAAUUUUACAAUCAUACUAGCUGACCCGACAGACGUUGUUCUGUAUAUAAUAAAAAAAACUGUUUUAUAGUAAUUUGCCAAUAAUAUUUCAAAACAUCAAGAAUUAUUUCGUAAAAAAUGCUCCCUGUUGUAAUAAUGAAAUUGUUUCACAGCGGAACUGUCAAACUGUGCGUCACUAAAUUCUCUCAUAGAAAAUAUGUCCAUACAAAACAAAUAUUGAGAAUAAAAAUAUUUAUGGGUCCCAAAUCGAAAUAAAACUAUCAUAUCAUCAACUAUAAGAUGAAGUAACCCCCAUUAAAAUCCGUUCAUUAGUUUAGGAGUCCAUCGCGGACAAACAACGUGUCACGUAAUUUAUAUAUAUUAAGAUAUCGGGGCCACAGUUUUUUUUAAAUUAAAGGUGACGAGACGAAGUAGAAGUUCGCCGUAUAGUAAGUGAUGCGCCCUGCCAAUGAAAACGCAGUGCCGAUUAAGAUUCUUGAAAAGAAAACGGAGCGGAUUCACGAUUGAGAUCGAUUUCGAUAUAAGUCUUUACUCCAGUAGCUACGGUGUCUUUAAAACUCAAACACAAUAAAAUAAUAAUGCUUGCAUAUUACUGUUUGGGAUGAAGGCACCGCUGUUGGUACCGGCAUCUUGCGCUUCUCCAAGUGUGAGGUUCCUUUGCCCAGGAUGCCGGCUAGAUUAUGGGUACCACAACGGCGCCUUUUUCUGUCUUGAAGCAGUAUUGUGUUUCCGUCUGGAGGGCGCCUUAGCUAGUGAAAUUACUGGGCAAAUGAGACUUACCAUCAUAUGUUUGACGAUGACGAGCACAAAUGUGGUGCCGCUUAAAAUAUUUGGGUUUUUCAGGAAUCCUGAGCGGGAUUGCAUUGUAAUGGGCAGGGCGUAUCAAUUACCAUCAGCUGAACGUCUUGCUCGUCUCGACGCUUUUUGUCAUAAAUAUAGUGGUAAAACUCCCUCAACAAACUGAGAAUCACUGGUCAACCUGUCUGGCUUUGUUAAAUAGUAAAUGUAUUAUUGUAUGCGAAUGUUCAAAUUAAUUGCCGCUUACCACGUGAUUAAAGUUUCAUGAGUUUUUUUAAUUAUAAUAAAAAAAAAAAUCCGUUUUUAAAUACUUAACAUAUUGUGGCCUUGUUUUCGCCGGGUAUCAAUCAAAUUUAAACGUAAUUAUUACUAAAGAUAUGUACAUGGUUUUUAAUAACAUUACAACUAUUACUAAGUUCGAUAAGGUUAACAUUUAAAUCCCAAAUUUAUCCUCUAUAUUCACUUAGAAUUUAUUGUAACAAAAAAAGGUCUUACAACCCCACAUGGCGGACGAUUGCCAGAUUUUAAAACGUUUAAUUUAUUAUAUUAGUCUAUUUAUAAAUUUUACUAAAAUAUAAUAAUAUAUAUAAUUAGGUAUUCAGCUGUUGUAACGUAUGGAACAUGGAGUAUAAUUGAAUGUGUUCAGUCUAUUGAUAAGCUGAAAUAUUAAUUUUAUUUUUGAAAUACUAAGAUUAUAAUUAAAAUAGCCGUAACAUAUUAUAGUAAAAACGCACAAUACAUAUUAAUACAAAGAUUGAACUGAUAUAAUUAUAUUUGUUUAAGUUAUUUAAGAAUUUUAAGUGUGCAAUUACGAGU